AUGAUCGAGACGCUCAAAGAUAUGAAGCACGGAAGGAAGGAUUCAUACGGGGAGCUAAAUUUAGAGCGCACGGCUUCACAGAUUCUACAUCACAUGGAGGACAAGGACAGCGAGGAUUCCCUGGAGAGCACUCGCUCAAGAGUUCUUGCAAACGCAAAAGCAAUCUACGGUUCAACUCGUCAUCUCGACGUGAUAAGCUACGCUCCUACUUCGUCCCGAAAAAUUGGCGCCGCAAUCGUUGAGCAUAAUCCCACCGGCAGAUCGUACAUCCACUGUUCAUCCGCUAAGGAGGACACUCGCCUUGCAGCUACUGAGCAUUUACUUGUAAUCACUGAGGAUAUCCUCCAAAGAUUGAUGGACAAGGAAGGGAUCUCCAGCAGUGGAUGGCUACCAGCGACGGCCCAAGCCCAACAUGCAGCAGCAUGUGCCAGUGUAAAUGGGAGUAUCACUGGGAGCAUAGUCCCGAGCAUUUCGGGGAGCGUGCCGGCUAGUCGAAGAAGCAGCGUACAACCGCAAGAACAUAUCCAUGGGAGUCCCCAGCCCCACCAUAACAACAUGGUUGAUAUUUUCCCAAAGCCGAAUCUUAUCCGCAACAACAGCGACAUGAUGUACCCGUCACAGCCUCUACACAUUGUACCGAGAGCAAAUAGCGACAUCAUUGCAGCGCCAAAGCCUAUGCCCGUUGGACGAUUUCAUGCAGGACAGGGAAGAGUGAAAUGGAACCUGGGAUCAGAGUCAUAG